CCGAAGCAAUCUCGAUCACAUACAGUAUAAAUGUCAGAAUGACUAGAGGAGUCCACCAUGACGGGAUGCCUGCAGUGACUCAAUGGAUCUUGCCGUUGGCUAUUCACUCACCGCGCCCAGAACGAGCACCCGUGUUGGUUCCGGAGGACAGCAAGUUUUACUGCCUCACUCGAAAGAAGCUUAUCCCCAAGUCUCUCUUCUCUCUGUCCCAAAACGGAAUCUUAUCGGCGCGGGCGACACAACCAACAGGUAUCCAACAACGAGAAUCUGCGAUCAGAUACAUACCGGUCGACUUACAGUAUCUAGCGAUUUCCGAGCAACAUCUGCCACAAUUAUCAUUGAUACGUGUCAGGUUGAAUGCUAUCACAAUAUUCGGUGAGAAACCACAGAAAUAUCUUCCAGAGGCGAUGGGCUCUUCGGUGACAGAUCUAUAUCGACGCUGUCGCGAGCAAAGAGAACUAUUUGUAUGCUCAGCCCCAGGGCCGUUGGAGUGGCAGAAGCAUUUUGCGGACGAUCGGGAUAUGCCUGACGUGGAUACCAUACCGAAACAAAAUUACAACGCUUCGAUGAGGGUGCCUAUCAAGUUUCCCGAGAAUUUGAACCUGCCCUCAAGUUUCAGUUGUUGUCUGGUUUCUCGAAUAUAUUCUCUAACAGUGACCCUCCAAUUUCGGAUACCCGGGCAAUGGAGCAAAAUGUCCAGACUUGCAUUGACGGUCCCGCUCCAGAUUUGCUAGACUGGAGCCUGCAGGAACUGAAAUCACUCUUUCUGAUAGGUGAAUGGGAAGGAUAACUUCACGACCAUGAGAGAGGAAUAGUGUUAUAUAGUUUCUGUCUUUAGCAUGCAAAACAGCAUCCAGA